CUCAGAGUGUGGGAAAGCUAAUCCUGCCUGGGACUCAUGGCUUUGUAAUGCUAAUGUCCGCCUAUAAAUAGGGCAGAGGGAUCCUCAGCCAGAUCACAACUCACUCUGCUCUCCAAGAGAAACAUCUCAGCUCUGCUAAAAUGGCACCAACCUGCACCAGAGACUCAGCUAUUUCAAUGCUCUCAGCCAAAGACAAACACAAACUGAGGAAACCAGUUGUGGAGAAGAUGCGUAGGGACCGUAUCAACAGCUGCAUUGAGCAGCUCAAAGUCCUGCUAGAGAAGGAGUUCCACAAACAAGAUCCUAAUGCUAAGCUGGAGAAGGCCGACGUCCUGGAGAUGACUGUAGUGUUCCUGAAGCAGCAGCUACAGAGCCCAGCCUCUCAAAUUGCCCACAUGGAGGGCUAUUCUCAGUGUUGGAAGGAGACCAUGCACUUCCUGUCCUCAUCCUCCAUCAAGGACAUGUCCCUGUCUCACCUGCAGCGCCUCCGCUCUCCUCAGCCUGUGUCCCAGGAUAUGUGCGCCACUCUUCCUGUCUGCUCUCAGCUCCACAGCCAGUCCAGUCCAGUCAAGCAGCCGCCUGCUCCUGUCAAGUCCAUGUGGAGGCCCUGGUAG